AUGGAAAGGUUCCUGCGCUCCUGGCGGCAGGACGCGUUGAACCGUGGCCAGCAUGAUUCCGCAAUCUACAUUGGGGACAAAGUCCUGGCGCUUACCAACAGUGACUCCGACGCGUUUUGGCUAGCUCAAGUCCAUUUUUCAAAUAACAACUUCACGCGCGCCCUAGCCCUUCUCUCCCGCAAGGAUCUCGUUUCUCGAAGCACUGCCUGCCGCUACCUUGCCGCCCACUGCUACAUAAAACAGAAUCAAUUCGAACAAGCCCUCUCCAUUCUCGGUGAACACAACCCCACCGACCUCAUCCGCAAUAACCACACCCGGCGCAAGAUCCAACACCAAAGCCAUGUUACACUGCGUAAUGGGAAGAGCGCAACACCGCGGAGUGAUCGAGCCGAGGAGCGAGAACGUGAAGAUGCCAACAAUGUACGAUUUGAAGCCGCCAUGUGUUAUUUACGGGGACUCUGCUUCGCCAAGCAGAACGCAUUUGAUCGUGCCCGGGAUUGUUACAAGGAUGCCGUGCGGAUUGACGUGCAGUGUUUUGAAGCAUUUGACCAGCUCAUGAAGAACUCUUUAAUGUCUCCCACGGAAGAAUUGGAAUUCCUUGAAUCACUAGACUUUGAUUCCGUCUCAUCCCCAGAUCCUAUGAUGGCACAAGAGGCCGCCCACUUUACGAAGAUGCUUUACACGACCCGUCUAUCGAAAUACUCCUCCCCUACCAUACUCUCCGACGCGACUGAAACCCUAUCCACGCAUUAUAAUCUUGCAGAGAACCCCGAUAUCCUUUUAUCCCGCGCCGAAGCUUUGUAUACGCAAUGUCGGUUUGCAGAAGCUCUGGAAUUGACAUCCUCUAUCCUCUCCACAUCUCAAUCAACCGACCUGUCCUCCACAAAUCCCAGCAUUCCAGCCCAGAACAACCUUGGCCAUGCUCCAGCCAUUUAUCCACUCCACUUGGCCUGUCUUUACGAGACCGGUGCCACAAAUGCCCUGUUCUUACUCUCUCACAUGCUCGCGGAUCACUCCCCCGAGGAGCCAUACACAUACUUGGCAAUCGGAGUGUACUAUCUGUCGGUAUCAAAGGUGGCCGAGGCGCGGCGCUUCUUCUCGAAGGCGUCACUACUAGAUCCACAUUCGGCUCCGGCUUGGAUUGGAUUUGCGCACACCUUUGCCGCAGAGGGUGAACACGACCAAGCCAUCGCAGCGUACAGCACUGCUGCUCGACUUUUCCAGGGCAGCCAUCUCCCCCAACUCUUCUUGGGAAUGCAACAUCUCGCCCUCAAUAACAUGUCUCUUGCGCAUGAGUAUCUAUGUGCCGCUCACGCUAUGUCGACUGGAGCUGCCCCGGGGUCUGUGCCUUCCCUCACGCCUAAUCCCUCAGGUAUCGUCUCAGCCGUCGGCGGGGACCCACUGGUUCUCAACGAGCUUGGAGUUGUCUUUUACCACCAGAAUCAUCUUAGCGGGGCCAUCGAAUUGUUUGGGCAAGCACUGGCGCUAGCUACUUCUCUCCACUGCGAACCCAGUGCCUGGGUGGCUACACGUGCGAAUCUAGGCCAUGCCUUCCGCCGCAUGGGCCGUCUGGCCGAGUCCCUUCGUGAGUUUGAUGAAUGUCUCCGCGUGGGCGCAGGAGGGAGCAGCAUGGGCUACUCGCCAUUUUUGGGUGGUGGUACGGGCGGCUCAGCGGCGAUCGCUACCGCAUCUGGGGUUGGGGGCUACGAAGAUCGCGGGCUGACAGGCUCUCUUCAUACAUCUCGUGGCCUUGUGUUACUGGAGUUGGGACGAACCACGGACGCGGUGACUGCCUUGCACGAGGCGGUGCGUGUACUUGGAGCGAGUGGCGGCGGCGAUGCAGCUGGUGGUGCAGGUGUGGCCGGUACAUUACUUUCACGUGCACUCGAGCUCUGGGCCUUAGAGGGGCGACAAAAGGACCGCACAGCUUUCGAGGAGAGGCAAAGACCGAGUCCCCCGGAAGAGAUGUCUCGACGACGUGGACGUCAGGAGCCCUUUGUGGAAGGAUGGACGGAGGAGGCGGGCCAUGUCGCCACGCCCCUGGCCGAAGAUGAAAAGGUUGAAAUGGAUCUCGACGACGAAGCUGACGGGCUUUUGCGCCGAGCUCUCGGCCGUGUACGACACAGCCGACAACGUCGACCAGCAGUACCUUCUACCCCAGAUAUGGAUGCUAGUGAGACGCCUGCUCCAUCCAGCCGCAGUCGGGGGAUACGACAUGACCGGAGUCACUCUGGACAAUGA